AUGGAUUGUAUAGAAAUCAAAAAUACACCAGUGAUCACUGACACAAAUAUGUUCUCAUUCGAUGAUAAUUGUAAAAUAAGUGAACAAGAGCAAUUUUGUGAUAGUCUUCCUUGCGAAUAUACAACAACUUUAACUUCACUUUGUCAAGAUUCAUUUGAUCAAGCUUUAACAAAUUCUUUAUUUAAUUCGAUAGAUCCUCGACCAUUAGCUGUUUACAUAUAUAAUGAACAAAGUCCAGCUACAGACAUCUUUAAUGAACUUGUAUUAUAUUCCGAUUCAAUCAAUACUUAUCUUUCUAAACAAUUUAUUUUAUGGAAAUGGAAUUUAACAAAAGAAAAUUAUCAAGAAUUUUUGACAAUAGUUACAACACAUGCAGGUGAAGAAGUCGCAGCAGUAAUUGAUUCAUCACCAACUGAAAUUUAUCCGUUACUUAUCUGUCUAGGAUUUGAUAGAGGUCAAAUAAAAGUUGAAAGUAUUAUUCAAGAAAUAAUGUCAGAAAGUGAAAUAUUUGCACUUCUUAUUCAAGCUCGAGAUGCAUUUGAUGCUCGAUUUGAUUUACCAGAUACAAGCGGUUUAAGUUUAAGAAAUAUUUCAACAGAAAAUUGGUCAAUACCAAAAAGUACUUUAAUACAAGUGUCAAAAGAAUCAGAUGAAUUUCGAAGAGUAGGCGCUGAUUUCGAUGGUGGAAUAUCAUCGAUUGUUCGUAUUGAUCGAAUUGAAAAUACAAUAUGGUUAAUACAAUAUCUCAAUCAAAAACAAAUGAUUGAUGCACGUCUUGGACAUAAUGACACAGAAAAAUUAUUAUUUCAUGGUUGUCCAUAUGCAGCUGCUGAACAAAUUCUUCAACAAGCAUUUGAUCAUAAUCGUAUCGGAAGAAAUGGUACUUAUUUUGGUCAUGGAUUUUAUUUUUCAUCAAAUCGACAAGUUAGUGAUCGAUAUGCUGUAGCAAAUCCUUCUACAGGUGAAAAAAGAAUACUAAUGUGUCGUGUACUUAUUGGUCGAAGUUGUGAAGGUAAUUCAACAAUGAGAACAUGUCCAUCAAAUUAUGAUUCAACAACAGGUGGAUCAAAUAUUUAUGUUGUUUAUUCUAAUCGACAUGUCUUACCAGAAUAUCUUAUUACAUAUAAAUAA